AUGAAUUGUGAAGCUUGCCAAACUGCAACAAGUUCUGUAUACUGUUUAGGCUGUAAAAAGCAUUUUUGCAUAUCAUGUGAAACAAAUCGUCAUCCUUCCACACAUACCACCGUUCCCUCUCAAUCCCAAAUUAAAUGUAAAGACCAUGAAGAGCCAUUUACAAUGUUUUGUGAAACUUGCUCUCUAAUGCUCUGCUCUCUCUGUAUCCCUAUUCAUCACUCUGCUUAUCAUCAGCUAAAACCUCUUAUUGAUGUCUACCGAAUCCAAAGCAGCCAACUACAAGCCCUUUUAUCACAACGAGGAUAUUCAAAAAAGAAACUGCUUGAACUCCGCAUAGAAGAAAGAAACAGAAACAUCGGAGAACUCAGCAAAGCUUGUGGAUUAUUAGAAAACGAGAUAAAUGAAACACAUUCUAGCAUGCUCAGAAGAUUAGAACUAUAUACAGCUCCUGUAGUUUCCCAAUUAUCAAAAGAACAAGCCUCAGUCCAUGCAGAUGUAGAAACAAUGGAGCAAGCUUUAGAAUUAGUCAAAGGCAAUGAUAUGAUUUUAUUUUUACAAAAUUACAAAAAAUUGAUUAAUGACUUGGUGAUGCUGGCGAAUAAACAAUUACCCCCUGAAAGCGAAUUUGAUGUGUCAAGUAUCCCUACAGAGUUAAUGGAGUGGAGAAAUAGGUCAAGGGCCCUUCAGAGGCUUGAAACUUUGAAUCAGGCGAAAAAUGAAAUUCUGUGAGAUAUUAUGAGUGGGGAAAUGAGAAAUUCUGAAGGGACUGCAAAGAGAGAAAUUCUGCAGUGAUCGAGGCUAACUGAUAAAUAUCUUGAUAGGCUUUCGAACAUGCAGCUGUUUUGCUAUUUUUGUAAGGUUCCUAUUGAUGAAACAAAUGUUAAUACAUUCUGCAGGAUGAAUCAAAGAGACCAUUCUGCACCUUUUUUUGCCAAAGACCCUCAUAUACCGCCGAAGCAUUUAGGAACUGGAUUUCAUUAUUUUGUUAAAAUACAAGAUAUAAAGCAAGGAUAUAAUCAGCAAGUCUAA